AUGGCGGGCGGCGACACACUGGACAGCUUCGCCGGCAAGCUCGAAGCAAUGACGGCGCGGUUCGCGGGGCUGGGCUCGACGUUGGAGGACGCCGCACUCAUGAAGAAGUUGCUCGAUUCGGUGCCGGACCGUCUGUACGGGGCGGUGGCCAGGAUCGAGCAGUUCUGUGAUGUGAGCACGAUGGCGUUCGAGGAGGCCUUGGGUCGCCUGAAGGCGUUCGACGAGCGGCUCUGGCGACGCGGGCAGGCAGGCGGCGAGCUGGCGGACGGGGCGCUCAUGUACACAACGGCGUAA